CCCGCCCCCCCGUCCCUCUGGGCUUGCCGUAGUUUUGCACUUUCCAGCCUCGAGGGGAUUAAAAGUUUCUGCGCGUGCCGCCGAGGAAAUUGUCCCGGAGCAGAGACACACUCAGAGCUGAUGGCAGGUAAUUGACUCUUGCACCUGAAGAUCACUGAAGAGUGACUGGGGCUGGAAAAGUUAGAAAAGCUCUGAUAUAUGGGAUACACUGUCAAGCUACUGACGUUUCUGUCUAAAGCUCAGGAGGAGAUGGUAAUCAACACAGACUUCCUGCAGACUACAGCUACUUGAUGGAUGUUUGUGGAGCUGGUGAGAAGAUGGCCACGCAGUGGACGCGUGUGAACAGUGCAGAGAAGAAAGUGCCACACACUCGGCUGAAGGAUGAAGCUGACAUUCAGCAGAUCUACUCCAUCGGGAGGAAACUGGGUCAAGGAAGCUUCGGGGUCGUCUAUGAAGCCACUCACAUGGAGACGCAGAAGAAGUGGGCGAUAAAGAAGGUGAACAAAGAGAAGGCUGGGAGUUCAGGUGUGAAGCUGUUGGAGCGAGAGGUGAACAUCCUGAAGCAGGUGAACCACAAACACAUCAUCCACCUGGAGGAGGUGUUGGAGACGCCUGAGAGAAUGUACCUGGUUGUAGAUCUGUGUGAAGGUGGAGAGCUGAAGAAACUCUUACAGAAAAACAAGCGUUUCAGCGAGGAGGAGACCAGACAUAUCAUCAGAAGCUUAGCCGAGGCCACUGUCUACCUUCACAAACUGGACAUUGUUCACAGAGAUCUCAAACUGGAAAACAUUCUUGUGGACAGUUAUCACCAUAGCAACGAUCACACCAUGAUAAACAUCAAGAUCACAGAUUUCGGACUGUCUGUGCAGAAAGGUGGAGUGAGAAGUGGGAACAUGCUGCAAACCACAUGUGGAACACCCAAAUACAUGGCACCUGAAGUGAUCAACGGCCACGAGUACAGCCAGCAGUGUGACAUGUGGAGCAUCGGAGUCAUCAUGUACAUGCUGUUAAGUGGAGAACUUCCAUUCAGGUCCAGCUCUGAGGAACAUCUAUCAGAAAUGAUAAAGAAAGGAGAGCUGAACUUCUGGGCUCCUGUGUGGGACACCGUCAGUGACGCAGCUAAAGCGGUGCUCAGCUGCCUGCUGAAAGUCGACCCUGCACAUCGCAUCACAGCCAGUGAGCUGCUGCAUAACUCCUGGGUCACGGGAGACAUGUCCACGACCGCCUCUCCCACCAACGUGCUGCUGAUGAUGCGACAGUUCCGUAACGCUCCUGAGGAUGGCGAGAGUGAGGAGGUGAGCGAGGGAAUGUGCAGCCUGUCGCUCAGCUGCUCCCAGGACAGCGUGGUCGAGUCUGUGGCCUCCUCAGAACCUCCGUCUGCUCCGGUGCAGACACUCAGCCUGAACAGCAACAAAAAACCCUCCACAUCCUCCAAACAGCCUCUGCAGAAAAAGAAGAAAUCCUCCUCUUCCUCAGGUGACAGUGUGAAGAAGAGCAGCUCUCUGGGUCAGUGCAUGCUGCAGUCCAUCACUGGUAACAAACAGACGAGCACAAAGCGCCAUGACCAACCAGACAAGCAAGAGAGUACAAGUAAGACCUGCGCUCCCAAACCAUUCACAAUCAACGAUGGCCACGCCCACUCCUCCACAAGCCACUCCCCAAACUCCAGGGCCAAGAAGAUCAGGUAGGCUGCAAACAUCUCAGGCUCUGCUGGAGGAAACGCUGACCCUGGUUCAGACACUGGUCCACUGGUCCAAUCUGAUGGACUCGUGAGACAGAGAAACACUCGAGCCUCAUCCCUCUGUCUUUAUGAUCUUCUGGAAGAUCUACGAAGGAUGAACUAUUUUAGCCUUGAACUUGAAAAGCUGGAUAGAAACAAACAAAACAAGCCCACUGCUGCUUUUAGAUUAUUUAAUGAGUGUGAGAGAAUCAGGUGAACGUGAGACUCCAGCCUCAUCUGCCUCACACUUCCUGGAAAAUAUUCAUUCUUAUUUUUUUCCAAAAUGAAUCAAACACUCACAUUUCUUAACAGGGUUUUAGCUUUGAUUUCUGUAGCAGGUUUUGAAACUAUAGACCCAAUGGCACAUAAACAAAGAUCCCUGAAGCUCUUUAAACUGUAACCGUAAUCACACACGUAGACACAGACCAGUGUGAAGAUAACUGUCCAGAAAUCUUUAUUUAAAUAAAACUUGCCAAAUCACUGCUGUAUAUAGGUCAAUUCAUCAAUAAACACAAAGACUUCAUGCUGUAGAUGAGGAAACUUUAUUUUUUAUUGUUUGUAUUGUAUUCAGUAAGCGCUGUAUCCUGUUCAGCCGGCUUCCCAACACGGACACGGGAAGAACACGUGAAACUCCACGCACACGACAAUCUGGAGCCAUGAGACCAGAACGCUCAGAAGCCGAUCUUAAGUGUCGUACAUCUCGUAGUAAAUUAAAAGAGUUUAAAUAAAAGCAUCAGGACUGUGAUAUGAUCAGAUUAACGACGGCAAGGAGGGAGCUGGAGUGGUGGGACAGCCGGAAAAGCACAUCACUGAGAAUGAAAGUGAAUUGGAGUCUAAUUUUGUUUGGAUGUGCAGCAGAGAGACUGUAAAGACGCAGCACUCGAGCGCUCGGCUUCAGGAUGGAGAGAAAAUAAUCCUUAGUAUGGAUACGAUAUUAAAGUCACCAGAACUCACUGAGGCGGUGUUAGAAUCCCAUUUACAUCCAUUGGUGUGUGUGUGUGUGAGAGAGAGAAACACACACACACACACACACACACACACAGUGUGUUACACGAUGUCAUUCGGGUCAGAGUGUCUGUGUGAGGUGUUCAUCUGCUUCCGAGUGAGAAAGUGAAUCGACUUACUUUAUUUGCCCUUUUUUUUUUUGCUGUGUUUCCAACCCCAUGAAUGAUAUCAGGACAUUUUCAGCCCUGUUCAUAUCUCAGACAAUGUUUUUAUUAUUUAGAAUUAUUUAAAGCAUAAAACCAAACAGCAGUCAAACUAAUGGAAUAAACCUCACCGUGAUGAGGACUGAAUGAUACGACCAAUCGUGAGAAAGUGUGCAGGAUUUCAUACUUUUAUUCCACUUAAUGUUGUUCAAUUUCAAUGAGGACACACAAUUUUUAAAAAUCUGUUCAUUAUAAGUUUAAUGUGUGCCGUACACGUCCCUGUGAAGGAGCUGUUGCUAUGGAAACGAUAAGGUAUCAGAAUGAGUGCAUUAAUAUAAACCUGCUCUACAGUCAGAGUUGCUGUUAGAGAGAAUUAAUCAACACCUUCUGACCAAUCAGAAUCCAGAUCUCAGCAGGUGUGUGGGAUAAAUAGUUUGUAAUAGGUUAGUUUAUGAGACUUCGGGUGAUUAUUAAAGUAAACCCCGUGGACAGUGAGUGUGUUGUGAGGUCUAAUCUCGGGGAGAACCACAGGAUGGCGCUGUACAGAGAACCUGCCAGAAUGGAGCAGAGAGACGACUGAGACCGGCUUCUCCACUGCCGAUUUGAUGGAUUGCGUCAUUAAAUAAUUACAAUGUCUGACUGUGUGUGUAUCACCUGAACAUGAUGAAUCAUCUCAAUAACUCCUCAUCUAGGAGCUCAGCACUUCUUGUCGGAGGUGAACACACAGCACUCGCUGUGGAAUUUCAGCCAGAACUGGAACGGAUAACAAAGAUUCAUUCAGUGUGAGAGACGUGUGAGACGUGCAUGAGGUCUGUUUAUUCAAGCAGUAUGCCUCACGCUGUCAGAGGCCAGGACGGGAUUUCAACAUAUGGCCUUCAUUUUCUCACGCCAGUCUUUUUAUUUAUUAAAGGAGAGAGAGUGAAGAGGAUGAGGAUGAGGAAGGCCCUGAAGUUCAUCUGUUCUGCUGGAAUGUACAGGAGAGAGAGAGAGGAGAGAGAACAUCGUGUAUAAGAGCUGCGUGUUAUGUUCCUGCUUUAACAUGCUUAACGUAAGGCCAAGACACACAAACACACACACACAGAGCGAGAGGAGCGUGGCAGCUGAAAAAGAGGGCGUUUGUUUGCAAGGCAGAGGAAAUUAGAAAGGCGGCCAGUUGGAACAGGGUCUUCUCCUUUCUUCUCUUCUCCAGCUGUAUGCACUGACAGAUGGACUCUGAGGGAGGGAGGAAAGGCCAGGAUUACAGCUUGGUGGCUCUUUUCAGAUCUUGGAAGUCGAGAUACGGCCCACAGUUCGACUUCUCGGGCGACCAGACAGAGCGCUAAUGCUGUGAGAGACGGAGGGAGAGGAGAAUGACGAGCCGCUGGGAUCCUCACGUCACUGGCAGCAUCUCAAUAACCUUAAUGGAGCUUCUUUAAUGAAUUAGCUGAUACAAAGACAUCUGAUACCUGCAGCUAUGAGUGUGUGAGUCUCCUCCCAUCACCUCCUCCCCUUAAUGUAUCCUCACCAUGUGGCCCAUGACACUGUAGUAAUGAACUAACAAGUAUACAGACUCACUCCCACGUCGAGGGGACGUUAUCUGUACUCACUCAUCGUCCAGCUGAUGUCCACCUGAUGUCGGGCCGCAGUUCCAUCACGCUGCUUUGUUCCUAACUCUGGAGCGUUCUCACACAAAACACAAUGUUUAUAACAGUCCAGUUAUAGAGCAAGCCUGGUACGUCAUGGUUCAGUGCUGUUUAUCAGCAGAACCACCCGAGUACCAAGAAAAGCAGAACGUUCGGUG